UUGAGUCUCGGCUCUUCCUCUCAGCUCAGACAUGGGUGCUGCAAAGAUUGAAGAGGCUUGCCUAGGCAUGCUGAAGAUAGACCUCACUGCUGCAGACUGCCCGCAGGAGGGAGAAAUGGGUAAAAAACUUCAAGCAAAAUGUCUCUGCGUCAUUUCUCCUGCUAAGCUUCUCUGCAGCUAUCGAGUAGUGAUCGUGGUCCUCACUGUAGCUGUAGUUGCUCUUUCUGUUGCUUUGUCAGUGAGAAAGGAAAAACUGGUCAUGGAGAGCUGUGAACCUUGCUAUGCCACAUGCCCAAGUGGCUGGAUUGGAUUUGGAAGUAAAUGCUUUUAUUUUUCUGAAGACAUGGGAAACUGGACAUUCAGCCAGUCCUCCUGCAUGGCACUAGAUGCCCAUCUAGCUCUGUUUGACAGCCUGGAGGAGCUGAAUUUUCUGAAGAGAUACAAGGGGCCUUCUAACCACUGGAUUGGCCUGCACCGAGCAUCAACAGAGCAUCCUUGGAUAUGGACGGACAAUACUAAGUAUAACAACAUGUGCGUUUUCAGAAAAUUUUCCCUUAUACGGUUAUCAUCUGCUCUGAAAAGUGUGUGUUGUAUGUGUAAGAGAUGCAAAACCAUCAAAGUGUAG